CGCAGUGAGAAAAAAGCCAUUCCUGAUGAUCAUAAAGAUGACAAAUACUUCGAACGAAGAAAAAGAAAUAACAAUGCAGCCAAAAAAUCACGAGAUUCACGCAAAGCACGAGAAGAUGAAAUAGCAAUUCGAGCCAGCUUCCUUGAAAAAGAAAAUGCCAUUUUACGAGCACAAGUUGCCACAUUACGAGAAGAAGCUAACUCACUACGACAACUGUUGUUACAGAAACGAGCUCGGCAUUAG